CUUUUGCUUCGAACUUAAAGUUGUUUUUUUAUUUGUUUUGCAUAAAACCAAGUGAAAAUGGAUACGUCUAAACGUUUGAAGAAAAGUGGAGUGGCGAGCAAGCGUACCAAAGCAAUUUGGGAGCGCUUUGAAAAGGCAUGGGAAGAGGAAAAUCUUCCGGGAACAAGCAGCGAUGUCGAUCAACAAGCUUCAUCAUACGGGAAUGUGCAGCCGGAUGCCGUGGAAGUUGCCGAUAUACCCAUGGAAUCAGAAGCAGCGGAUUACGUUUCUGAUGACGAUGAAGACGCUGAUUGCUCGGUGUUGGAAGACGAUUGGAGUGAAGGCGAAUUGGAGGACGAAGUCAAUGAGGAUGAGUAUUUUGAUGCUGAUGAAGCCCCCGAAGGCAAUGCUUAUGCUAGCAGGCUUAGGAUAUGGGCUUUAACUCAUAAAAUAACGCAUUCAGCAUUGAGUGAUUUGCUGGUGUUGACUCGUGAAACUACAAAUAUUUCUCUUCCUAGGUGUGCAAAGACGCUACUGAAGACUCCGAAACAGGUGGAGAGACAUUUUACGGCCGUUGGAGAAGGGCAGCUUUGGUACCAAGGAAUACAAAGCACUCUCCAACAAUAUUAUCGAUCUGUACCACCAGUCAUCCGAUUGAUAGAAGCUAAUAUCGCGGUAGAUGGACUUCCGAUGCAUAAUAGUGGACCAACGCAGCUAUGGCCUAUAUUAAUGCACAUAGUUAAUCUACCAGCACUGCCAAUCAUGGUGCUGGGUAUAUUUUGUGGUGCGACAAAUCCGAGCUGUUUGGAAGGAUUUCUCCAGCCUUUAGUGAAUAAGAAUAAGAAUAAGAAAGGCAGUAACCUGGGCCCCCUACUGUACCUGCUCUACAUUUACGACGUGAUCUCGGUACUGGCCGACUCCAACUGCCUUUUAUACGCAGAUGAGGCAAAAAUCUACCGUGAGAUCCGGAAUCCCGAAGACCAUCAGCGUCUUCAAGCAUCCUUAAUUGAGUUAGACUCCUGA